AUGGAUCUGACAUAUUAUGUGCCCAAUGGAGAAUUUGAUCUGCUCGCAACACCAGCCGACCGAAUCGAGUCGAUAUUCAACGACGAGCCUUACAUCGAAGUGUUCUUCAGGAUGCAUCUGAAGAGAAAGACGCUCUACUACGGUCUGAACUGGAUUGUUCCCUCGAUUCUCAUUUCUGUCACCAACAUUCUCGGCUUUACCAUGCCAUCGGAAUGCGGUGAAAAGAUUACAUUACGUGAGUCAAGCAGAGAUGAAAUCAUUGUCAAUGUUUACUUAUCAAAGAAGAGUUUGCCAAUUCAGAAAAAAAUGGAGUGUAAAAAUUGA